UUCGAAGCCCAAGUUUAAAAUGAAAUUUGCCUCAACUCUUUCGGUGUUCGUUUGCACUUUUGCACUUAUCAGUGCUGGAGUUGUACAAGAUGAUGCACCAAUUGUUCGUCAAAAACGUGCCGCUAAGUCAGGUUGCAAUGUUCCCCUUUCUUCUCUUGGAGCAGAAGCACAACCACUUUUCCUUAAACCCGGUACAACUGACUUUUGGCCCAUAAGUUCAGUUGGAGCCAUGGAUUUCGGAAGUGGCGAUGCAAUGGAACUUUUCUGCACUUCAACAUACAAAAAUCCAUCGGGAAUAUCUGGAAGUCAAACUGCAACUUGUGUUUCAGGAGUAAAUUUCAAAAUUGGCAAAUCUACCUACAAUAUCUCCGAAGUGACAUGCUCUUCUUGGCCAUCGUUUGUAACUCGCAAAAUGGAUGCACCAUGCAAUGGUGGUGAAAUGUAUGAGAAUGGUUUCGAAGUUGGAUCGCGAUUUGUCCAACAAAUGGAAGUUUGCUUUAAUGCAGAAGAAGAAGUCAGUCGUUAUGUCAAAUACCCUAUGACUCCAGAGAUUGAAUUCUAUCAGGUGAAUUCAGAUAGGCCAGGUUUUAUCAAAGGUGGAAUAUUUGGUCGUAAAAAUGUUGAUAAAUUGUACACCCAAAAGAGUCAAACUACUGUAUUGGAUAAAACUCUUGGCAAAGGUAAAGGUGAAGAGUAUAUUAACGUAAAAAACACAAUGUUCAAUGCUCGAGGACAUUUGGCAGCAAAGACUGAUUUUCCCUAUUCAACUCAACAAAGGGGAACUUUUCUAUUUUCGAAUGUAGCUCCACAAUGGCAAUCUUUUAAUGCUGGCAAUUGGAAGGUAGUUGAAGAAAACGUCAGGAAAUGGGUAGCUAAGAAAAAAAUGAACGUUAUCUGUUAUACUGGAAUUUAUGGAGUUACGAAACUUCCCAAUGAAAAAGGUGUCGAAACUCCCAUCUAUUUGGAUUAUGACAAAAAUAAUAACGGUUUAAUGCCUGUGCCAAUGUUAUACUAUCGGGUUGUUAUUGAACCAUCAACCAAAAGGGGAGUUGUUCUUUUAGGUGUUAAUAAUCCUUAUUUGACAAUGGAUCAAAUUAAGAAGAAUUAUAUUAUAUGUAAGGAUAUCAGUGAUAAGCUUGAUUUCUUGAGUUGGAAGAAGGAUGAUUUGAAAGCAGGAUACUCGUAUGCUUGUGAAGUGAAUGAUUUUGCAAAGAAAACACCAUUUUUGCCCAAGUUUGAUGUUAAGUCAUUGUUAACUUAAAGUGAAAUAUAGUUGUUCUUUAAG